AGCUCUAUUGCAAACUUGCCUAACGACGUUCUAAAAGAGUACAGUGAUCUAGUCAACAAUGCCGACAUCUAGUCAGACUAUGAUUGUUAUGAAGGACCAGGGAGAAGAUCCAAGAGUUCCAAGGCGACAAUUCCCUUCUGUAUCUGCCUUUCCAUCGAUGGGCAGCAGUCCGAACGAUAUUCCAGAUACUACAAGUCGAAAUAAACCAUCUUUGAGUACUGACAACUCAUCUGGAUUUCCAGAUGUUGCUGAUGCAAAUGGAUUCAGAGGAAAGAUGUAUUUUGAUAGGAAGACGCAAAGCCUACGUUGGAAAAUCCCAAACAUGAUUUUUUUAAAUCAGCUUGCCAGAAAUAAACUAUCACCUACGGAAACUAAACAGCAUGCUGCAAUCAAAAUUGAAGCAAACGAAGAAAACCAGAUGCGCCUAGAAAAUCUAGGUUUCAGAAUACGCCGAGGUAUCAACGGCAACCGGGUCGAAACUGUUAGCUCGAGAUCAAUCUCUUCAACCCUACCUAAAGACGCAAAAUAUAUGCCAGCGCCACCAGGAAUAAAAACAAGUCCAAUUCUUCCUGCUAUUGUUCCACCUGUAAACAAUUUCAGCUCUGGUGAUAGCUUAAGUUGCAGCACUAACAAAAGCAUUAGUAUACGAGACAAACCAAAAUCCUUGUUGGAUGAACUAAAAGAAUGUAUAUCUUACGAUAGUAGAGUGUUCCCCUCAAUGGAGAUGAGGAAAUGUUUACCACCCAAGUCUCCAAAUAGUGUCGUUUUCACCAUGAGAAACAAUGAAGAAUAUACGUACAAUGAAAUUUUAGAUUUGAUCAAACAGGAAACCGGUUUGAAGGCCGUGUCCCUUCAGUAUGACCCAGUGGAUGUCCGAACUGGAAAUUCUAAGGUUCCAAGUCGAUGGAUUGCAGAAUUCGGUUUCCAAGAUGAUGUUAGGCUUAUUUUACAGAAUGGACUUCAGAUCAAUGGUGAGAAAGUUGUUGUCAGAUUGCUUGACAAUGUUCAUAAAAUGGAAUUUGAAGCCUACAAGCAAAAAAUGGAAGAAGAAAGAAAAAGAAAUGAGAGAGAAGCAAGUACUUGUGUUAAAAGAAAAUCCAGAAGAAACAAAAAGAAA